GCGUCAUGGCCACACCGAGAGAGCAGCGGUGAAAGCGGGAGUGCGCCUCUCCGCGCUGAUCAGUCCUCCUCCACAUGGCUCAAGCUAUACUUUUUACUCCCUCCUCAACCAGAAACACAACAUGAUGCCCUGCUAGUGUGGGCUCUGUUCCGCAUGUUAUUUUGCGCGCUGAUUUUGCUUAAAAAAAAAUUUUCCGCUCAUUUUCUUGCGUCUUGAAUUUGACUUUUAAACGGAAACAAGAGGAAAAUCGCUUGACUUCAGUUUAGAAGAAGUUUAUCCCAGAAGACACCUGGCAUAAAACUGUCCUCCUGAGGGGGAAGAAGACCCCCGAAAAAGAGCAACUGAGAUCAAAGAAGGAAAUCAAGCACUGUGAGCAGAGACCAGAGAAGCCGUCAUGCUCGGCGGUGAGGGGGAGAGUAGUACAUUCACUGCUACCAAGGACGCAGCGGAUGAGAGGCGCAAGUCUCCGGCUGUGGAUGGAGACGACCCGACAGCCGGCAGCAGGUACACGGAGCACGGGAUGGGUGCUGACCGGUACUACAUCCCUCCUGCGGUUUCUAAACAAAGCCCAGACACACCGAACCCCUGCUCUUUUAUCCCUUACACCCCCAGUGGGACGGUUUACACCCCGUCCAGCGCCAGCAGGUACCCGUCAUCUCUACACCUGGGCUCCGUGUUGCCUCCCGCGGGGUUUCCUCCCUCCACCACUGGCCGCGGUCACUUCAGCCCGGCUUACCAGUUCGGCCAGAGCCCCGGCUGUAUAUAUCCGCCCUACACUAGCUCAGGGUCGGCUCUGAGCAACAUAACUCUACCCACCGCCGGCCCGGGGAUGAGGGCCCAGGUGUACCUGUGCAACCGGCCGCUGUGGCUCAAGUUCCACCGGCACCAGACCGAGAUGAUCAUCACCAAGCAGGGCAGAAGGAUGUUCCCGUUCCUCAGUUUUAACAUCGCUGGUCUCAACCUGACAGCGCACUACAACGUGUUUGUGGAGGUGGUGCUGGCAGAUCCAAACCACUGGAGAUUUCAAGGUGGCAAAUGGGUCACCUGUGGGAAGGCGGACAACAGCAGCCAAGGGAACAAAGUCUACAUCCACCCAGAGUCUCCAAAUACAGGGGCCCACUGGAUGAGACAAGAAAUCUCCUUCAGCAAACUGAAACUCACGAACAACAAAGGAACCAAUCACAAUACUUCACAGAUGAUUGUCCUGCAAUCGCUGCAUAAGUACCAGCCCAGGCUGCACAUCGUUGAGGUGACUGAGGAUGGUGUGGAGGACAUUAACAAUGACCUUAAGACUCAGAGCUUCACAUUUCCAGAGACCCAAUACAUAGCUGUGACAGCCUACCAGAACACUGAUAUUACACAGCUGAAAAUUGAUCACAACCCUUUUGCCAAAGGAUUCAGAGAUAAUUAUGAUUCAUACUGCCCUUCCUUGACGUCAAGUUCAUAUGUACCUGUAUUUUCCAGGAUGUACACAGCUCCAGAGAAUGACCGCCUAACCCCCUCUCCGACUGACUCUCCCCGUGCCCACCAGAUUGUCCCCGGGGCCCGCUACGCCAUGCAGCCCCUCUUUCAGGACCAAUUUGUCAACAACCUUCCCCAGAAUCGUUUCUACAACAGCGAGAGAGCAGUGCCGCAGACUAACAGCCUCCUCUCACCUCAGACAGAAGAUGGAGCUUCACAGAGGUGGUUUGUCACCUCCAUGCAGCAAGGGGGAAACGGCACUAGCACCAGCAACAAACUAGAUCUGACACCCUAUGAAGGGGAAUACUCAAGCUCCCUUCUACCUUAUGGUAUCAAAUCCCUGUCCAUGCCAACAUCUCACGCUCUCAGCUACUACCCAGACUCUCCUUUCACCACCAUGUCUGCAGGGUGGGGGUCCAGAGCACCAUACCAGAGAAAGGUUACUCCCAGCCUGCCUUGGUCUCCCAGGCCCAGUCCCACUACUGGUUUCCCAGAAGACUCAAACAAAGUUAAAGCACAAAUAGAAGAGGAGGUGGUCGGCAGUGGAAGCCUGAUCUCUUCCUGGACAGAGACACAGCCAUCAGCUCUGUCCCUAGACAAGGCUGAUUCUUAUUCCACGGCCUGCAAACGAAGGCGUUUGUCUCUCAAUGGUCCCAGCACAGAGGACUCACCCUCUGACAUCAAGUGUGAGGACUUGGCCUCUGCUGCCACUGACAGCUCCUAUAGCAAAGAAGCCCCCUCAUCCAAAGGCAUGGCAGCUUACUAUUCCUUUUACACAAACCCUUGAAUGCUUUGUUUCUCUUUUUGCCAUUUUGGUUGUUCUUCACCUGCCACCAUGAAUAAAAAGUUUGCUUUUUUGUCAUGUGCACACCCUGAUUUUGUCUUGGUGGUGAUAAAUGUGGUAGUAUAUUUCUUCCUUUUGUGGUGACACAGGAACUAUAAAAGAUACAAAUAAUGAAAUAAUAAUGACGUUAAAGGUCAGGGGGCAUGUAAGACACAAUAAACAUCAGCAUCCUGAGAUGCUGUCAUAAUUUCUGUCUUCAAUCCAUCUAUUUUCCUGGAAUAUUUAUUUAUUCCACCACCCUUUUUAUGUAACUGUAUUUGAAAUUUUGAAAGUGCCAAAGCAGUUGCUCCACUUUUUUUUUUUUUUUAAAGCAGUGUUCUGUAUGUUUCAUUGUGCAUACAUUACUGUAUCUGCCUUUACACUGAGGUUAUGUGUUUACAGAUUAUUUAUUGAAAGCCUGUUGAUAUGAAAUUGGUGCACUCAUAAAUGUUAUGAUAAUAUGCUGUAUAUACCUUCAUUGCAAUGUUCAGAUAUUUGAUAAUAAAAAGGCAUAUGUGUUCUAUUGAG